AUGGAAUGCUUGAAUCGUUACCUCUUCAAAAUGCAACAAAAUAGUAACUUCAACUGUCACCCGAAAUGUGAGAAACUGAAUAUUACAAAUUUGUGUUUUGCGGACGACCUCCUUCUAUUCUCUAGAGGCGACAAGAAUUCAGUCGAUUUAAUGAUGGCGGCAUAUGCCAAAUUCUCGAAGGCCACGGGUUUAGUUGUGAAUCCACAAAAAUGUCGAAUUUAUCUUGCUGGUGUAGAUGAGAAGACGAAGAAAGAUAUUCGUAUGGCAUCAGAUUUCCAAAUGGGACAGUUACCGUUCCGGUAUCUAGGGGUACCCGUAACGAGUAAGAAGUUAUCUAUUGCCCAGUAUUCUUCGCUGAUUGACAAAAUUGUUGAAAAAGUACAGCACUGGACAACGCGGUUACUAACUUAUGCGGGGAGAUUACAGCUUAUAAAAAGCGUGAUGUUUGCGACGACCAACUAUUGGUUAAACUGUUUUCCCUUCCCUAAAGGUGUCCUUAAAAAAAUUGAAACAAUUUGCCAUAUUUUUCUUUGGACAGGCGGUUUUGCAGGUAACCGUAAGUCACCCGUAUCUUGGAAACAGGUCUGUAAACCAUUUGGCUAUGGUGGGUUGGAUAUCAUAGAUAUUGAAGUGUUGAAUAAUGUCAACUUAAUGAAACUGCUUUGGAAUUUGAGUGGGAAAGAAGACUCGCUGUGGGGGAGAUGGAUACAGGCAUACUACAUCAAAAAUAGAAGUUUGCUGGAUAUAGAGUGUACCAGCAAUGAUUCUUGGAUUAUGAAGGUCAUUCUUAGUCAAAGGGAUGAUCUCACCACAAAAGGGAAGCUGGCAGGUGGCUGCCUUGUCAUGAUAGAUUAG